CUCCGCAGCCUCGCCCGGCGGACCGGCCCCGGAGGCCUCCAUCCCCCGCUCAGAGGUGUCGGGGCUUGGCCCCAGCCUCCGUCUUCGCGGCGCAGGAUGGCGAGCAGCAGCGGCUCCAAGGCCGAGUUCAUCGUCGGAGGGAAGUACAAACUGGUGCGGAAGAUCGGGUCCGGCUCCUUCGGUGACAUUUACCUGGCGAUCAACAUCACCAACGGCGAGGAAGUGGCAGUGAAGCUAGAGUCUCAGAAGGCCAGGCAUCCCCAGUUGCUGUACGAGAGCAAACUCUAUAAGAUCCUUCAAGGUGGGGUCGGCAUCCCCCACAUACGGUGGUAUGGACAGGAAAAAGACUAUAAUGUGCUAGUCAUGGAUCUUCUGGGACCCAGCCUCGAAGACCUCUUCAAUUUCUGUUCAAGAAGAUUCACAAUGAAAACUGUACUUAUGUUAGCUGACCAGAUGAUCAGUAGAAUUGAGUAUGUGCAUACAAAGAAUUUUAUACACAGAGACAUUAAACCAGAUAACUUCCUAAUGGGUAUUGGGCGUCACUGUAAUAAGUGUUUAGAAUCUCCAGUGGGGAAGAGGAAAAGAAGCAUGACUGUUAGUACUUCUCAGGACCCAUCUUUCUCAGGAUUAAACCAGUUAUUCCUUAUUGAUUUUGGUUUGGCCAAAAAGUACAGAGACAACAGGACAAGGCAACACAUACCAUACAGAGAAGAUAAAAAUCUCACUGGCACUGCCCGAUAUGCUAGCAUCAACGCACAUCUUGGUAUUGAGCAGAGCCGCCGAGAUGACAUGGAAUCAUUAGGAUAUGUUUUGAUGUAUUUUAAUAGAACCAGUCUGCCAUGGCAAGGGCUAAAGGCUGCAACAAAGAAGCAGAAAUAUGAAAAGAUUAGUGAAAAGAAGAUGUCCACUCCUGUUGAAGUUUUAUGUAAGGGGUUUCCUGCAGAAUUUGCUAUGUACUUAAACUAUUGUCGUGGGCUGCGCUUUGAAGAAGCCCCGGAUUACAUGUAUCUGAGGCAGCUAUUCCGCAUCCUUUUCCGGACCCUGAACCACCAAUAUGACUACACAUUUGAUUGGACAAUGUUAAAGCAGAAAGCAGCACAGCAGGCAGCCUCUUCCAGUGGGCAGGGUCAGCAGGCCCAAACCCCCACAGGCAAGCAAACUGACAAAACCAAGAGUAACAUGAAAGGUUUCUAAGCAUGAAUUGAGGAACGGAAGAAGCAGAGCAGAUGAUUGGAGCAGCAUUUGUUUCUCCCCAAAUCUAGAAAUUUUAGUUCAUAUGUACACUAGCCAUUGGUUGUGGACAACCAUUUAUUUGGUGUAAAGAACUUAAUUUCAGUAUAAACUGGCUCUGGGCAGCAUUGGUGAUGCUGUAUCCUGAGUUGUAGCCUCUGUAAUUGUGAAUAUUAACUGAGAUAGUGAAACAUGGUGUCCGGUUUUCUAUUGCAUUUUUUCAAGUGGAAAAGUUACCUAAAUGGUUGACACACAGAUUGGUGGGGAAAUUGUGCAUAUGCCAAUUUUUGUUAAAAAUUUUAUUUGAACUAUACUGCUUUGAGAUCUCAUUUCAGAGAAUGGCAUGAACAGUCUUCAGCCACAGUUGUGGUGGUUGUAAAUGCUCACAAUUGUGUCUUCUUAGGGUUGUUCCAUCCCUGGGGUUUGCAAGUUGUUCACUUAAAACAUUCUUUAACUGGUUGGCUUCUUGUUGCAAGCUAGCUGAUGUGGUAGCAACCAAAGAUUCCAGUGUUUGAGCAUAUGAAAGACUGCCUGCUUACCUGUGCUAGAAAUAACAGCAUCUAAAGUGAAGACUUAAGAAAAACAUAGUGACUACUAGAUUAUUCUUAGGACUCUGCAUUAACUCUAUAAUGUUCUUGAUAUUUAAAGAAAAGCAUAUUUGUCACAAAUUUAGUUAACAUCUUACAACUGAACAUGUAUGUAUGUUGCCUAGAUAAAUGUAAUCACUGUAAACAUCUAUAUGAUCUGGGUUUUUGUUUUAUUUUGAAAUGGGAGCUUUUUGUUUACAAGUUCAUUAAAAACUAAAAACUUUCUGUAAGGAAAUGAGAUUUUUUUUAAGAAAAACAACAAAAUGCCUUGCUUACUCACUAUGAAAUAAAAAUCUCCCCAGUUUUUUGAUAGACUACUUCAAGCCAUUUGUUACAUGACAUUUCUUUGCAAGUCAGUUAAGAUUUAGUGUGUGGAUUUUCAAGAAGAUAUAUAUUAAAAAAAUUUUUUUUUGUUUUUUUUUGUUGUUUUUUUCUUUUAAGAUGAAGGGGAAGGCAUUCUUUCUUUUCCUUUUGACUUGCAGGCACAAUACUGCCACCACCAGAACUGGGCAUUGUCACUCCUGCUGCCACCGACUGGCAGCAAGACUGAUUUUGAAUACGAAUGAAAGCGCUCUAAGGGUUUAACUACAAAAUACUUUCUUUGUAAUACUUGUGAAAUGGCUAUAAGAGUGUCAUACUGUGUGAAGUUUGUGAUUGUUGACCCUCUCUAGCCCCCCAGCCCGCUUCUGUAGAUGACCUGUGUGUGCGCGCAUAUGCGCGUCAUCUCAGUCUUGUACACUUUUUCUCUGAUCCAAGAGAAGGAAAACUUACCGAUAAUUCUUUAAAUAGUGUAAUUUAUUCAUUUACAGCAUGUCAGGAUAAAUUAAAAGAACAUUUGUCUGAAAAUGCUGCCAGGAGCCUAUUGUGUAAAUGUAGGUAUUUUGUAAAAUAAUCUCAAAGUUGUAAAUUGACACAGAUUGUGUCAGGUUUAACUUGUUUCUGUUUCCCCUUCCCUCCCCCUUUUUUUUAAUUUGAAAAGCAAUAAUUAGUUCCAUGAGUGCUCCAUUCUGUCAUCAAGUGAUACAUGAGGACCGUAUGUGGAAGAAAUCUUAGGUUGGGCGUUGGGGCGGGCAGCAGCUUUGUUUCUUUCUGAUAAUCAUCUUGUCAGUUAAGGUUUUCAUUUCUUGAUUAAUAAACCCUUUGAUACUUUUAGCCAGAAAUCAGUCUCAUAAAGCUAUUUUUGAGUAUAGUUUGUGUAAGAUAAAACUGUUUAGCUUUGGUAAUGACUUUUCCAAGCUGAACUCCCUCUCUAGCAAGAUAUUUUUCAGUGCUUUUAUUUACUAUGCACUUAGACUAUGCACUUUUUCUGAAAUAUUUUUGUAACACUUUUUUGUAUUUUUGCCAUUUGAAAAGGUUGUGGUGUAGUUGGUCUGUAAUUAAGUUGCAGGUUUAAAACUGCUUUUAGCUUUGUAAAUCAAAAUCUAGGUGUUUUUGUCCUGGUAUAUUGUCGUUCAUCUACAGCUGGAGCUGGAAUCCCAGUGAUCUUCUAGCUACCAUUCAUUUUCUUCACAGUUCACAAAGAAGAAUGUGAAAUUCAGUGAAUGCUGUUACUAAUCCUGUCUGGAAAUGAAAUUCAUUUCACCAAAUUAAUUGUUUUUCCACUAAAAUGAUGAUACAAGUUGAAGACACAUCACUCUGAAAUUGGAAGAUCUCACCACUUAAGGCUCCACAGUGGCUUUACUCAGCUGAACUCUAGGUUACUCCUCUUUCCUUUGUUCACCCAUUGGGGGGCGCAGUUUUUUAAAUGUUGGGAGAUGGCCAUUCUAACUACUGUUGAAUGUCUCUGUUUUGGGAAGGUAUAACAAGAAAAUAAAAAAAUAUAUAUGAAGGGAGAGGCUGGUUAUCUCCUCCCA